UAAGUGCAAUUUCUUCGCACUUUUGGAGAUAUUUUAUGACCAAGCUGAACCAUUCGAGAACUUGGAAGAGAUUACCAUUCAGCGAAAUAUUACUCCGAAAGGGCUCGAGUUUCUGAACAAAUUGGAGAAACCCUUAGAAAAAAUGAAUAUUGGGAAAUUUGAAGACUGGAAAGAGCCAGAAUACCUCGAAUUUGAACGACUCCUUCGUAAUCAUGCACAGACUUUGACCUCUUUGAAGAUUAGGAUUGGAAAUUGUGUUGAGAGCAACACGAUUCUUAACCUACCAGUUUUUCCUGCGCUCAAAAAACUCCACGUGGCCAAGGAACCUUGGGACGCUCAAGACAAAACGUUUCCAAUUAAGUUGGGAGAGGACGAUCGACGUUUUCGUGUGAGAUUUAAUGACAACGAAGAUGAUGAUAUCUGCCAUGCAUUUUUGCCCCUCGGAGGACAUGGAGAAGAUGGCGAUGCAGGAUUUCAAGUAUGCAAAACUUUGCGGCGUCUGGACCUCCCGACUGAAGCAACUUUGGCAUCAGGCUCGCUUGUUGCAAGAGCAGGCGAAAUUGCAAGAAUGUUCCCAAAUGUUCACAACCCGUGGAUCGACAAGGCUCGAGAAUCAUCGGAAACCCCGACGGAGCAAGUUUCUUCAAAUUAAAUUAACGGAAAUUGAUGGACUGCUUUUUUAUGGACAAGGAUUUUUGGAAAUGGAAGGAGUCGACUCGACACAUGAUUCUUUUUUUAUAAUUAUUUAUUUAUUGUAUGAUUUGCAUAUUUCAAAUUGUCAAUAAUCUUUUUUACAAAUUUUUCAUCAAUUACGGAGAAAGAAUUGAUUUUGUUACAAUUUUUUCGUAUCUUUUUGACUCAAUGGUCCAGAUUUUAUAUGUAUAAAUGUAAUACUUUAUAAAAAGUAGUGAAUUUCUAAACUUAUGUAUUCCUUCUUGACAUGCUUUGUCUUGUUGUGUUUGGAAAUUAAAUUGUUGAUUUACAAAUUUUUUAUUAAUUCUAGUUUUGACCAAUUAUACAAAUUUCGUUAUAGUUUCAUACAUCACAAAGAAUUA